GCCUCACGCAUGGACUGUAAUGGACUGUUAGUGUGUAAGUGUUGCACAGAGGCGAAAGGGAGGAUAAAUUGUGGCGCGCAUGAAAGGCAGUGAGCUGAUUGAUCUGGCUUUUGUGGGCUACACCAGACAGACUCCCAGUUAGAAGCUGAUAUACCACUCACUCAACUUUUUAUUUUUCACCAACCAUUCAUUCAUCUAACUUUUUUUUUUUUUUUGGUUGGUUGGAGAGCACCUGCCCCCGAGGAUACAGCGGUACAUCCGUGUCCUCUUGGCCGGGUCUGGACUCCUCCAGCUGCGCAGGAGAAGCUCCCCUGCGAAACGCGCCAUGGCAUACUGGAGAAUCGCCGCUUUUUGCAUGCACACCUGAUUGUUUUGUGGAUUUACAACACGGUUUAUAAAAUAAAAAUUAAGACUCUUUGAUUGACUUGCUUUAAAGAAGCAACUUUUUAUCCGUCACUCGGAAUAAUAAGCCUCUCUGCCAAGGACUCCUAUUUACUUUACGCACGGUUUGGAUUUCGGUGUGGCAGGAUGGUCAGCUUCAGAUUGGUCGUUGUCAUCUUGUGUUGUUCAUCACUCACAAAUGGACAUGCGGAGAGAGAGCACUCGCCUAAGAUUCUGCCCUCUGACAAUCCCCUCAUUCUUCUUAAGGACGAUGUGUUAAUCCUCAUAUGCAGAGGUCACGGCCCGCUGCACUGGACAUUUGUUGAUACCAGUCUAUCAGUCUCAUCAGAGGGGGUGAAGGUGGAGCCGUGUGAUUCCAGACGUCCCUCUCACUCACACUGCAGCAAACUGACAGUCACAAGCUUGAUUGCGAAUGACACAGGAACGUACAGCUGUAAAUACUCCAAAGAUGGUUCAGACCUCAUCACCUCGACCUACGUCUAUGUCAAAGAUGACGAGCAACCAUUUGUGAAGCCCCAUUAUCAGAAAACAGAUGUCUUGUACAUCUACAGGCAUGAGACCAGCCUCGUGGUCCCUUGCCGGACGUCCUCUCCUGAUACUGUUGUAACACUCACAGCGACACCAACGAAGGUCAUUAAGGGAAAGGUAUGGGAUCCAAAGGUUGGAUUCAAGAUUCCCUACGAUCCCACCACUGAUUAUUCUAUGCUCAGCUGUAACACCAUGGUCAACGGUCGUGUGUUUGAGUUAAUGUACUUUCCGAAGAGAACAACUAAUGUUCUUAAUAAUGUGAAGAUCACCGCAGAGCGUUACAGAGUGUUGGUUGGAGACACACUCACGCUCAACUGUUCUGGUGAGACCACCUACAAUGGAAGAAUCAGCUUCACAUGGGAUUUUCCAAAGAAGAGAGAAAAUCGACAUUUUACAAACAACACCCCCGUUCGCCCUGCUAGGGUUAUCGUGAUGAGCAAGGCUUUAAACUUGCCAAACAUUACCAUGGAGGAUAAGGGGAUGUACCGCUGCCAAGCUGAGCUCAAUCCCACGAGACAUGAGAACGUCUCAGUAAGAAUUAAUGUCUUUGAGCAUCCAUUCCUCAAUGUCUCCUAUAAGCAUGAGCGGCAUAUUAAGGUGACUGUCAAAGAAGGUAAAAAGAAGAUUGUGUUUGAGCCAAAGGUCAACGCUCUGCCACCAGUAGACAUGACAGCAUGGUAUAAAGAUGGGGUUCCUAUCAACACGAGUUCCACCUGUUACAAGAUGUCUGGUUUCAGCUUGACCAUCUCUGAUGUGCAGCAUAAGCACACCGGGGUCUUCACCAUAAAUCUGGGCAACCGAGUGAAGGGCUUGUACAGGAAUCUGAGCUACACGCUGGUAGUCAACGUGAAGCCAAUUAUCUUAGAGGCAGAGCUAGCCACUGAGGACGUGCAGCCCUACACGCUUGGCGAACAGCAUCAGCUACCUUGCACUGCUCUCGGGGUACCCCUGCCAAACAUCACAUGGCUCUGGCAGCCGUGUCACCCAGGACCUGGGCUUAAAGAUUGCAUUACUCCCACCAUGCCGCCAGUCCUGGUCAACGUUGAUGACAGGGGAAAUUACUCCCACAACUGGAUUAAGAGCUGCAGCGUCAAGCCUCCUGAACUGGUUAAAGGAAAACACAAGACUGCGAGCACCCUGGUGAUAGGAAAGGCUAGCAUGCCAGGAAGCUACAUAUGUGUGGCCCAGAAUGAAGAGGGCUACGCCACAAUGACCGUCCCUUUCUACAUUGACGAUCACUCCGGGGAAAUUACCAUCGAACCUCGGGCAGCCAUCGAGGGGGAUGACGUCACGCUGACAUGUCGGGCGGCCCGCUACCUCCACACGGACCUACAGUGGUUGGAUUCUAGGAAUCAAACCAUCACUUCCAACAUGUCCAGUCUCCAUCUCAGCAACUACUCCAUUUCUCUUUCUCUCCAUCUGCACAAUGUGUCCCAAAUCAGCGCUAUGGGCUACAAGUGCCAAGCGUACAAGCUCAACAAUGGGGUUAAAGUCAAGAACGUUUCCCUUAUUGUGGACGUGAGAAAACAACCCUGGCUGAGUCAAAAUCUGACUAAUCGAGAUGUGAACAGUAGCAGCACCCUGACGCUGGCUUGCUUGGCUCUGGGAGUUCCUCCUCCGUACAUCAUGUGGUACAAAAAUGGUGUUCCAGUGGAUGAAGGCCAAGGUAUCACUCUGGGAGAGGACGGAGCUCUGACCAUCGAGAGGGUGAAGAAAGAUGAUGAGGGUCUCUACGAGUGUGUAGCCAGCAAUGUUGAGGGUGUCGCGAAAACAAGCGCUGUUGUUACUGUGCUCGGGGAUGAAGGGAAGCCAAACGUUGAGGUCAUCAUUCUGGUGUCUACGGGAGCUGCAGCCACGUUCCUCUGGCUCAUGCUCAUCCUCUUCAUCCGCAAGCUAAGGAAGCAACCAGCACACUAUAAGAUGGGUCCGUCUAUCAUCAUUGACCCUGACGAGUGUCCCCUCGAGGAGCAGAACGAUCUUCUUCAUUAUGACAGCAGCAAAUGGGAGUUUCCACGUGACCGCCUGCGACUAGGCAAAACUCUUGGCCACGGAGCAUUUGGAAAAGUGGUGGAGGCUUCUGCCUUUGGGAUCGACAAGCUCUCAACAUGUAAGACUGUUGCUGUCAAAAUGCUGAAAGGAGGCGCUACGUCAAAUGAGCGGAAAGCUCUAAUGUCAGAGUUAAAGAUCCUGAUCCACAUCGGCCAUCACCUGAACGUGGUCAACCUGCUGGGCGCCUGCACCAAGCCCGGAGGCCCAUUGAUGAUGAUAGUGGAGUUCUGCAAAUAUGGCAACUUGUCCAACUAUUUAAGAGGCAAGAGAGAAGACUUUCUCGUCUACAAGAGCCAGGACGGUAAGGUGGUGUCAUCAGGAUCGGGCUGCGAGCUGAGCGAGCUGAUGAAGCGCCGCCUGGAGAGCGUGGCCAGCACCGGAAGCUCAGCCAGCUCCGGGUUCAUCGAAGAUAAGAGCUACUGCGACUCAGAGGAAGAGGAAGAAGAAUCUGAGGAUUUGUAUAAGAGAGUCCUGACGUUGGAGGAUUUAAUUUGCUACAGUUUCCAGGUUGCAAAAGGCAUGGAGUUCUUGGCUUCACGCAAGUGCAUCCAUCGUGAUUUGGCUGCACGAAACAUCCUGCUGUCUGAGAAUAAUGUUGUGAAGAUCUGUGAUUUCGGACUUGCCAGAGACAUCUACAAAGACCCGGAUUAUGUGCGCAAAGGAGAUGCCAGACUGCCACUCAAGUGGAUGGCACCUGAGGCCAUUUUUGACAAGAUCUACACGACUCAGAGCGACGUUUGGUCCUUUGGUGUUCUCAUGUGGGAGAUCUUCUCUCUGGGUGCCUCCCCGUACCCGGGUGUCCAAAUUGACGAAGAGUUUUGCUGCAGGCUGAAAGAGGGGACCAGGAUGAGAGCGCCAGAAUAUUCUUCUUCUGAAAUAUAUCAGACCAUGUUGGACUGCUGGCAGGGAGAGCCACAGGAGCGGCCGACCUUCACCGAGCUGGUGGAACAGCUGGGAGAUCUGCUUCAGGCCAGCGUGCAACAGGAGGGGAAGCACUACAUACCCAUCAACACAGCCCUGCUGGGGAAGUUGGGAGACCCGUCCGCCACAGCGCCGUCAGAGGAGAUGCCCACACGACCCGUCUCCCACCGCGACUCAGGGAGCACCUGGAACAUCAAGAUCCGUCCUGCUAGUGUGAAAACCUUCGACGAGGUUACCAUGGAGGACGGGACCAAUGAGAACCACGAGGGCGGUCAGUCAGACAGCGGGAUGUGCCUGUCGUCUGACAACAUGGAGACUCUGAAGCGCCUUGAAUCAUUGGCAGGCCGACCUCUGAGCAUCAUGGCUCUGGCGAUGAAGGCAGUGAGUAAGAGUAAAGAGUCUGUGCUGUGUGACAUAGAAAAGGAGAAGUUCCCACCCACAGUCUCCUCUCUGGACUUCAGUCUGAACGACUCGGUCCUGGACGUCGGUCUGGAGUGUCACAGCCCGCCGCCUGACUACAACUACGUGGUGCGCUACUCCACCCCGCCUGUGUAAGCUCCUGCUCCGGCCCUGGAGAAUCUGACUGACGGACAGCCUCGGGGCCUUCGCUUUGUUCUCCUCUGUUUUGACUCUUAUCUCUGGACUGUAGCAACGUUUGAGAGGAAAACACAUGAGAUUCCCUCUUAAAGUCUUUAGGAAAGGACGCUCUGAAGUUAAACAUGAAUAUACUCGACUGUAACCUCCAACUUCCAGGGCGUCUGCCGAGCAACAAAAGGAAACCUGUAGACUGUCAAUUCCUUCACAGUUUUCAGAGGCAGGCUGACGUUUAUGCUGCUGGUCCGUUCCACAUUCACUGUGAUAUGUCAAACAGCUGGAAACAGCCUCAGGUAUUUCUUUCAUCUACUGUGAAAACGAACCACAAUGAUUCCCACUUUACCACACAUCUGAUUAAACUACAACCUUUGAUGAUGAAGAAUAACAUCCAGAGAGAUAUAGUCUGUGAGCCAGGGGGUUGGUCGUGCCAAAUUUGGAGGGACCAUGUCUCAUAGUGAUUUUUAUAAAGGCUUAUGUUUUUAGUGUUGGAAAAUGCAUAAUAGCAUUGCAGCAAUCUAUGUUUGUUUUUUUAUACUGUAGCUAUUUGUAAAAUGGCAAAAAAAAAAACAUAGAAAAAUUGUAAUGAGGAAGGGAUGAAAAAAGGAGUGAUAGCACAUAGAAAGCUAUGAUUGCUGCAAUGCUAUCAUGCAUUGUCCAAGAUGAGGGACAUAACUCUUUAAAAAAAGAUCAAUAUGAGACAUGGUCCUGAGGCUUUUCAAGUUUAUAUUGAAUCUUUUUAUCUGUUUUAAUUUUUAAUAAAAAAAGUGAAAACUGGAAAGUAAUUUGAGAAAAAAGUUGAAGAGAAAAUAUUUUUGUAAUGUGGCUUCAUCCGCUCAUAUGAAGGUUGGCUAAAGUUCAAAGCAAAAAGCCAAUGGACGACAAUAUAACAUAAUGAAAAAGUAUCUUAUUUGAGGUGUCGUUGCUCCUUUUAUUCUAUGAAAAUAUCAGCUCAACUAACUCAGGUUGACUCAGAGUGACUGUCAUGUAGUGGUGGAUGUUUUUUAUAUGGAAAAUCACAGGUUAAUGGAGGUUAAUGGAGGAAACAGGGUAGAGCUGAUAGUGAGAGCAGACGGCUUAUGAUUUAACAUUACAGCUCAACCAUGAAACCAUUUAAAUGGAAAGUUACUGUAAAUGUACACUCCUCCUCCGGCCCCAAUCUGGUGUUGAAGAAACUCAAACUCUGAAUUUUGAAAAAUCGGAUUUGUUUAUUUCUCGUGUACAAAUUGAGUCAGAAACAUGAGAAUCUGAACAGUUAUUCAGAAAGCGCUAGUAAAAUGUAUUUAUUUAGUUUGUGAACACUGUCACUUCGUAAUCCAGUUCUGUUUGUUCAUUUAGAUUCAUAGUUAAAAGUUAACUGAAGGAUUUUACAGCUCAGUCUUCCUCAUAUCAACAUGUAAUAUCCCAACACUUCACUCCAGAUGUAUAUGCUGUUUGUGCUGCUGUAUUCACUUAAAGCUGAGGGAAACAUGUAUGUGGAUAUUCUCCGUCCUUCGUUCUGUGCUACGUGUUAGUAAAGCUUGCAGGGCAGGCUACAAAAACUCUACAUGUGUGUGUGUAAAGUGAGCACCAGUCUGCUCCGGUUCACUAUUAUUUGUUAACAUGUAAAAUCAUUUCGUCUGUAAUACCCGAUGUAUUGAAAGUACUGUGGACCAAACUUAGCGUACACACACCCUGUAGAAAUGCAGCUAGCUUGUGCUUGUUGACCACUAAAGAAAACAGUAUUUGUCAGUGAGUAAACUGCAGUAUAAAGUGGAUAUGUUGAACCAAUGUGUAUUCCCAAAUGAUGUUUUGAUUGUGACCAACUUGUUGUGUUUAUGUGGAGAGGAAGUGAUUAUGCACUGAUACUUUAUAUCAAGUAUAAUGUUUUUGUAUUCUAAAAGUAUAUUAUUAUGAAACAGUGUUGAGGGUCACAUGUUACAAAGAUUCCCGAUUUAUUUUGCUUUUUUUUUAUUUAACUCUUAACUCUUGUGCAUAGUAGGAAAUUAACAUUUGCAGAAGUUGUUAUAUUAUGUUCACUUGUUUUAAUUCUGUCUUAAAUUUCAAGCUUGGUUCUAUCAUUUUAGUUACUGCGAUCACAAUAACAUUCAAUUGAUUCAUUGCAUUUCUUCAUAUACAUAACCAUGAGUAAUAAGACCUAUUCUUUUUUCAGUUUUGUUCAUGUAGUAUAACAAGUUAGUUUUGAUGAAAGUAAUGUUGCCCGACACUGUUAACUGAGCAUAUGAAGUAAAUAAAUGAAUAAAGAUAUAUAUAUUUAUACGUUA